AACUGACAGGACGACGCUGAGCUGCAUUCCCACCAUUCUGAGGAGAGGAGGAUUCUCCUGCGCAGCCACAGCAUAGAGGGAGUCACGGGCCUUUAAAGAAGAAAAAUAGGAAUAAAACACGUAAAAUAUAACCCAAGUGAGGCUUUUCAUCUGCCACCAUGUCAGGCGGAGCAGAUUUGGGGAACCCACUGAGGAAAUUCAAAUUGGUGUUUUUGGGAGAGCAAAGCGUGGGAAAAACAUCUCUCAUCACCAGAUUCAUGUAUGACAGUUUUGACAACACAUAUCAGGCCACAAUUGGAAUCGACUUCCUAUCAAAGACCAUGUACCUGGAAGACCGGACAGUAAGGCUGCAGCUGUGGGACACAGCUGGACAGGAGCGCUUCAGGAGCCUUAUUCCUAGCUACAUCCGAGAUUCUACAGUGGCAGUGGUUGUCUAUGACAUUACAAACGUAAACUCAUUCCAGCAGACCUGCAAGUGGAUUGAUGAUGUCAGGACAGAGAGAGGAAGUGAUGUUAUCAUCAUGCUUGUGGGCAACAAGACAGAUCUGGAGGAGAAGAGGCAAAUCACGAUUGAAGAAGGAGAGCAGAGAGCCAAGGAGCUAAACGUCAUGUUCAUCGAGACCAGUGCCAAGACAGGCUCCAAUGUCAAACAACUGUUUCGUCGAGUCGCUGCUGCACUACCUGGGAUGGAAAGUCUGGAUGAUGCAAACCCCGAAGGCAUGAUUGACAUCAAGCUGGACAAACCACCAGAGCCGGCCGUCCCUGAGGGCGGCUGUUCAUGUUAAUGCUGAGCUGCUUCUGGACGGCUCCCUUCACACCAUAGGCUUGUUGCGUUGCUUAAUACUGGCUAGCUUCCAGUUGACUUCUUUAAUUGGAUAUAGGAACGAGACCUUGUAUCUGAUUUGACAAAUCAAAUGUUAUCUUUCAGUCUUGUUCAGUUGUAAGAUAUUGUAUACUUUGUCAAUAUGUAAGAGACUGGUGGAGGAGAAAAAAAAUAGAAAUAAAAAUGUUGCAAUGAAAAAGAACGACAAAAAAGAAACAGUUUGGAAAGAAAAAAAAAAGGAGAAAAAUGGGGCAACUAACAGAUUUCUUUUCGCUGUUAUGUUUUGUAUUUUUAUAUAUAUAUAAAAGGGAAAGCACCAAAAAUGAGGCCUAAACACAGAAGGGGAAUAGUUGGAAGGUCAGCCAUUUCUCUUGGCUGCCAAACACGUCUGAAUGUCGCAGAACGCAUGCACGCUGAUCUGAUCUUUGACCUUUGACCUUUGGCCUACCUUCCAGGGUCUCUCUGUGCUCUGGGAGGAGGCUGACUAUCUUAGAAUGUUUUAUAGCAUCUCUCUAUAGCAUCUCAUAACAAAACGUCUCUCAUUUGAUAUUCCCUACAAAGGUCAAACAACUUCCUGUAGGUUCACCCAACAGUAGCUGUGAAUAUGUGGCACUCUCUCCCUCUUUCUCUCUCUCUCUCUCUCUCUCUCUCUCUCUCUCUCUCUCUCUCUCUCUCUCUCUCUCUCUCUCUCUCUCUCUCUUUCUCUCUCUUUUAUAGAACAAAUGGUUCUGUGGUAUAAAAAAAUAAAGUACAAAUAACAAGGACAGCUUACUGUCUCAACCUCCUGUCCCUCCAAAUUAUCCUCUGCUCUUCCUCCUUGCUUCCCUCUUUCUCUCUCCUUUCAGCCUCCCCAUCCCUCCAUCCCGGUAAUACACAUAUAACAAUCCACUGUAAUGCACUGCACUGUAUAUAAUAAUGUAAUAUGUAUGUUGUGAACGUCCCUCUGUAGAAGUGGUCUUUGUUCACCUGUAUGAAUAGUGUAAUAAUGUUUAAUGAUUAAUAAAUUACAGAUUAAAGGGCUUCACCUUCCUAACCAUCUACAUUCACCUGGCA